AUGCUUCCACCACCCCCUGCAGUGUACAAUAAUGCUGAUGAACUCUUCCAAGAUACACAAAGGUUCGCAAAUUCCCAAGGUUAUGUGCUGGCUAAAAAAAGAACUCGAAAAGAUAACCAUGGAGAAUUAAAGAAUAUGACACUACGAUGUGACCAGGGCAGUGUUUACCCUAACUCUUUGGAACUUAGUGAAGAAUCAAGUCAUAGGCAAAGAAGCACAAGGCUUAUUGAUUGUCCUUUUGAGCUGUACGCUGCUAGAUAUGAUGGAUCAUGGCACCUAGAGAUUCACGAUGCAACACAUAAUCAUGAUUGCUCAAAUAACAUGGCAG